AUGGCUUUCAAUGUAGACAGUUAUAUGAAUUACAAGAUCCAUGGAAUGUGCCCUGAGGAUGGGGACAUUGUUCAGAAGCUGAUAUCGAAUGGCUGUGAGAUAUCGAAUGGCUGCGACCCAUUACCAAGAAGAAGAUGCUUCACAAGAACAUCUCCACAUCACGGUUCUCCACUUUCUACAAAUGCUCAGAUUGUUUCAAAUGCUCAGAUUCUUCAAAUGCUCAGAAUGUUUCAACAGAAGGAGAUUCUUCAAAUGCUCAGAUUGUUUCAACCUCUCAAAACGAGGUGGGAUAUCCCAACAAAUCAGUCUGUUUCAGCAGAAUUCACCAUCAAUGAAGUUCUAAGCUUAAAGCCAGGGGAGAUCUGUAUUGGUCUAGAUAUUAGUCCAACCACAGGAACAUUUGCUGCUAUCAUGAAGGAGAAGAAUGUUACCAUUGCCUCAGCUACAUUGAACUUAGUUUGA